CCUCAGCCACCCAUCACUACAAAUCGACAUCUUUUAUGCAAAGCCGUUACGAUUCUUACUUUUCUCAGCACCAGUCGAUCAAAGAAAGCCUCUUCCGGCCCAAAUCAAUCCGCAGGCCCCGGGCUCAGUCGGAAUGACUGGCCUCAUUGGUAAAGCCAAAGAAGCUUACCACAAGGCGAAGCACGAUCUCACCCACAGUAGUACGCCCUACGCUAGCCAUCACCACCCUGAUGAUGUCCUCGACCCAUGCACCUUUCCCGACUGCGAAGCCUUCCACAGGAUGGAGACUCAAGGGCUCCUCGCGGCUGUCGGCCCUGGAGCCAGAACUAGAAUUUCCGACCCAGAUUUCGUACUGAGACAUCCUGAGAAUUGGAUCAUCUACCCAGACGAAGGUGGAAUGCACAACGACACAACUGCCCCGCAGGGGGUGACCAACACCGAGAAGUGAAAGCAUCUGGAAAGACAGAUGAUCAAGUUUGUCAUGAGAAGAGACGAUGGCGGAAGUUGCGCUUGACCUAAAGGAACAAGACUGGAUGGAGUGAUACAAUAAGAAUGAUACCCACGAAGAGUAUUCUUAUCACAUAGCAUCAGAGAGGUCUGCUCUCUUCAAGAAGCACCUUGCACAAUCGACGAUUGACAUUGUUAUUCCAAUUUCUUAGGCCCAUUCUGCGUGGUUGUCAGUUUCGAAUUCGGUUUCCCAUACUGACUUGGGAUCGUGAACGAUAUUGAUGGCGACAUCACC